CCUCUAGUAUUUUACGCAGGAGUCUUGACUGUAUAUCAGAUGGCAUAGACAGUGAAAAUGAUCUUGUCUUAUCGUUUUGAUUCCAUGCACAAGUACCUGCGCAUGCGAUAUGGGAACAGCGUUGGAAUCGCCUCAUCCUUCAUAUAUUUCGUUCUAAGCCAAGCAUUAGGUGCAGUGGCCAUCUACAGUGCUGCGGUCGCCGUGUCGACAAUGCUCGGCCUGUCUCCCAUAAUUGCGAGCAUCAUUCUGGGAGUGUCUGGAACGGUUUACACUGCACUGGGAGGCCUCCGGAGUGUGGUGUGGGCCGACUGCGUGCAGGGAGUCAUCAUGACCGCCUCGCCACUUAUCAUCAUCAGCAAGAUCGUGUACGACUCCCUCCACAGCGAGGUUCCCAUGCGACCCUUGACAGAAUUCAACACUACCUUCUACUUCUGGGAGACAAAAUCGGACAUCACGACCGACGAGACCGUGUGGGCCGCCGCGAUCGGUGCUCUGCCCUUGCACCUCGUCAGGCUCGGCCUGGACCAAAUGAUCACGCAGCGCUUCCUGGCGGCAAAGUCUAUGCGCGACGCCAAAGCAGUAGCAUUCUGCUGCAUCGGCAUUCUAUCCUUCUUCUACGCUCUCAACGGAAUAACGGCGCUGGCCAUAGUCUUCUGGUUCAGAGACUGCGACCCGUUACUCACUGGAGCCAUUCCCCGCUACGAUCAGAUUGUCCCUUACUUCAUCAACACGAGUGCCAGCGCACUGAUGGGAAUUAGAGGCCUCUUCCUGGCUGGCGUCAUCAGUGCGUCCAUAAGCACAAUAUCAUCUAUCGUCAAUUCACAUGCGGCCGUUCUGUAUGUAGACAUUGUGUCGCCGUACAUCAAGAUACCCGAGAAGAGAUCGAGUCUUGUCAUGGCAGCUCUGGCGGCCGGAAGCGGUACGAUUAUGACCCUCACCGGACUGCUGGUCCCCUACAUCGGAUCGGCUGCAAGGUUCUUCAUCGCACUCUAUGCCGCGGCGUCUGGGCCUUUCGCGGGAAUAAUUAUCCUGGCCACCUGUUUCCCAUGGGCGAACGCAAAGGGCACUGCGACAGCGGCCCUGGGCGUCUUCCUGCUCCAAAUAUGGCAGACUGCCGGCCGGUUCGCGUCAAAGGUGGAAGCAGUUCGGAUGACCUACAGCGUGGACCGGUGUCCCGCCAACACCACCCUGGCCCUCAACGAAACCCUGCCCUACGUUCCCACGGACAGCCCCUACGUCUUCGCCCUGUACCGCAUCUCUGCCUACUGGUGCUGCCUGUUCGCCACGUUCCUGACGGUGCUCAUCGGGUUGGCACUCAGCGUCGUGACAGCCCGGGCCAGCGACAACCUCGAGAAGAGCAUGAGCCUGUCGAGUCCUGUAGCCUUGAGGUUCUGGGCCUGGACCGGACUGCUUCCGCGCCUGAAAAAGGAGCCGCUGCGGGUCACAGUCAACGACGCGGGCAUCAAGGCGUCUCCCUACGAGAUACAGCCUCUGCAAUCAAACGGCGACGACAUCGACCUCUUGUCCAAGCCUGCCACCAGGAACGGUCUACUCGUGACGUGUACAAACCAGGAGGACAUGUAGAUAGAUCACAUUAGCGACACGGUACUUCACCGAAACUACAUCGCAAGCAUAUGCGCUUGGACUGCCUGUUCAUCGUGACGUGUUCUCAUCUGUAAAUACAUUUUUCUUCAGAACGCUACAGGCCACUA